UGGUCAUUUACGUUAUGUAUGUCUUGGUAAAGUCAUGGAAACAUUCUAAGACAAAAACUGAGUUAGAGGAUCCUGUAUAAUGAAUUAUGGUCGGAUUUUUCAACAGACAUCUGUCAUGUUGAAACAAUUUGAACAUGGCUACUGCCACGUAUGUCACCAGAAAAAUGCAAAGACCAGAAAACUUUGGUGUGAGAAACACAACUACUGCCAAUCUUGUGCUGAAUUCAUACCAAGAUUACGUCAUGGUGAUUUUACAUGUCAGCGUUGCCCCGAGAAAGGGAAAGCAGACCCUUUUCUUGCUUCUCAGACAGAAUGUGAAACAAGAAAAUACAAAAGAUCAAAACAUGUUAUUGAUUCAGACGAUUCAGACGACAAUGACUUGGAGGGCAACAAUCAAAAUUUGGACCAACUUCUUGAGUCGCUAAUCAAGCCCGCUGUUCAGGACAAGCCUCCUUCAGGCAAAGAAAAACGCGAAGAAUUUAAGCCUAUCCCGAGAAAGCUAUCGUUUUUACAUCUUUCUUUACCGUCUGCUAAUAGUGACGUCACAGAAAGGACACAAUCACCGAAGCCCAACCUCAUCUGUAACACCGUCACUCAGAUUUUGAAUUCCCCGCAGAGUAACAAGCUCCGAAGCAGACGUGCUGAAUCAAAAAGUAGCAGUUCAACCGACAGCAAUCAUGAUUCGCAUUCUUCAAGCCAGAGAAAGGGAUUAUAUUUAAACGAGUUCGCACCGCUGCCGAAAGAGAAGGUCUUAUUAUUCAAAAAGUUCGAGCCGGAUCCUUCAGAGUUAGAACGCAACUCAUCACCAUGCAAAGGAGUAAGACCCCGGAGCUGCCAGAGCGACUUCAGCGAUAGCUCACACCAUUCAACGUCUUCAGUGUCCGAGACCGAACAACUACUGGAACUUAUAGGCGAAAUCGAUGGACCGGACUUCCCGUCCAGUUCGAGCUCUAGGUCCGGAUCAGUUACCUCAAACAAAUCGUAUGAUGCUUUCUGGGACGCAAAAUUUGAAUAAAUAAUAACUAUUAUUAAAAUGUAUGAAACUAUCA